AUGACGAAAGGAGAGUCUGAAAGAAAAUGCUUCAGGGUAUUCUGCACAUCUGAAAAGGAAGAGAUGGCAAAGAAGAUAAACCAAGCUGUGGACGAGGAGGCGACUCUAAGCAAGAUGCAGCAGAUCCUUAAGAAGUACUCCGGCGGACGUGACUAG